AUACAGUAGUUUAAACUUGUGAUGAUACUGGAUAGCAAGAUCAACAGAUCGUAAGACAGAGGUACAAAGUUUCACUUGCCGUUAUGCAUUAACCAUGGAGGAAUUCUUUUCCCAUGUCCUUAAGUAUGUGUGCAUAAGACUAGUGUCUUAGUAGGUUUUCCACUGUGAAUGGACGUUGGCUUGAACGGUUUGCUUGCAGAACCUUAAAAUAACAUUUUCUAUCAGAAAAAAUGCCGUUUAUACAGAUGGUUCGUCAAUUAUCUUCGGAUAUGAAACCCAAGUGUGAAACGUUUCUAAACGAAUCAAAGGAACUUUUAAGAAUAGGAUGGAUUUUGAGUAUUUUUAUGCUACUGGAGUACAUGCUAACAAGUACAAGUGUCAUAUUUUGUGGACAAAUUGGAAACACUGAAAUGGCUGCAGCGGGGCUUGCUCAAUCGAUAAUAUCUAUUUUUUGCUUUAUGCCUGGAUAUGGUAUGGUGACUGUGUGUAACACUUACUUUUCUGCCGGAUUUGCCUCCAAAGACGACAGCAGACAAGGAAUCAUCCUGCAGAAAGCGCUGUUACUCUCAUGUAUUGUGACGUUGCCAUGCUGGGGUAUACUCAUAAACACCGAGGGCAUGCUCCGCCUACUUCACCAAAAGGAAGAUAUUUCAAUGCAAGUGCACUCUCGUGUUAUAUAAUUAAAUACGCUCGUAAAACUGAAGAAAUUAAGCCGGGCACUCACUGCGCCCGACGGUCGUCGCCCGACGCGAU